AUGACUUGCAUCACAACCCGCCACCAGCGGCAACCCUCGCAUUUCACUACUUUCCUUGUCUUGAUGUUAAACACAUCACUAGCCCUCGCACAAGAUGGUAAACGAGGCCUAGCAUAUAUCGGCAGCUCCCACACUCCCGACACCAACCUCCUAAGUUCAUCCGCCAGCCCGCUAUCCUGGUACUACAACUGGGGCCCCUACCCGGGCCUCCAAACCGACGCAUCAAACCUCGAAUUCAUGCCCAUGAUCCACGGCCUCGACGCCGUCCAAGACUCCCAGACCGAAAGUGCCAUCGCCUCCUCGCCAUCCUCUUCCACCCACCUGCUCUCCUUCAACGAGCCAGACGGCACGCAAGACUCCGGCGGAAGCAAAAUCAGCGCAGAAGACGCCGCAAAAGCCUACCACGACUACGUCCUCCCCUUCCGCAACGGCUCGCGAGGCGGCGGCCGAAAGUGGAAAAUCAGCCACCCCGUGACCACAGGGAGCGGCUCAGGCGUCGAUUGGCUCCGCGCCUUCAACGCGUCGUGCUACGAGAUCGACGCGCAGAACGGGUGUCCCACGGACUUUAUCGCCGUGCACUGGUACGGGAAUUUCGACGGCCUGGCUGCGUGGCUCGGCACGAUAAAUGAGUUCUACAACGUUAAUGCGUCGAUGUCGCUCAAGCUUUGGGUUACGGAGUUGGGCCUUCCGCAGCAGGAUGCUGAUGUUACGGCGGAUAUGAUGAAUCGGACGCUGCCGUAUCUUGAUGGGCUGGAGUAUGUGGAGAGGUAUAGUUGGUUUGGCGCGUUUCGGACGAGUGAUGCGAAUGAGUGGACGGGGAAUGGGGUUGCGCUGUUUGAUAGUGAUGGUGGGUUGACGGAGGUGGGGGCGCUGUAUAUGGGGGAUGGGUUUGAGAAGGGGCAGAAGGGGCAGGGGAAUACGUCGGGGGUGGAGGGGAGGAGAGUGGGAUGGGGGGUGUUGGUUGGGUUGGUUGGGGUGGGUGUGUGGUUUGGAGGGGUGUUGUAG